AUGGCGAACAGGUGCGGCCCGCUGAGCGCGGCGGCGCUGGCCGGCGCGGCGGAGCAUGCGGCCACGACGCCUGGCACGGAGAACGCCGAGAGCGUCGGCGGGUCGACGUACGCGGCGACGGCGGGGUCCACCACCAGCGAGGCGGCGGGAGGGCGGCCCACCCGCGUCGUUGCCCGCGCCAUUGAGGACGUCAUGCGCUCCCUCGAGCACGCGCGCGUCUUUGCGCACAAAAACUUCUGGCACGAGGACGAGUCGUAUGAGACGUCUAGCUCCUGCAUGAACGUCCGCGCGGAGGACGGCAAGAAGGUGUGCCACAGCCUGGUGCCGGACCCGGUGCUCGCCAAGGGCCUCCCCACCCACGACGAGGCGGAGAUGCUCGCCUUUCUGCAGAACACGGAGCAUCUGUACCUGCUGCGGCCGGAAGAGAUGCGGGAGGCGGCGCGCGCCUCCCUGCGCCGCGAAUAUCUGCCGGGGGAAGUUGUGCUUCCAGAGGGCGACCACACACUGCACGUUUACAUCGUUGUGUGCGGGGAGGUGGAGGUGUUUGCCCCCAACAAGGAAGACACGGCGGCGCAUCACGCCUGGACCCGCACCCAGCCCAGGGCUCAUUCACAGGGGAAAAUGAAGAAAAGUUGGUCCUGCAGUGCGGAUGGUGAAUACAACUUUUUGGAUUCCUUCCGCGCCGGUGAUGAGCCGGACACGUCGCGGGUGCCGCUAGGCUCCGGCUCCUUCUCCCUCCAGGAGGAGUACAAGGCCAUGACGCACUGCGGCAAGGUGAAGCCAGGGAUGCUGUUUGGCCUCGAGCUCUGCGUCCUCGGCGACCCCUCCCCGCUGCGCUACGUCGCUGGCCAGGCCUCCAACCGUACGGUGCUGGCGCUGAUUCCCCUCCCGCUGCUGCGGCAGCUGCUGGAGCAAAACCCGCCCUUCGCCCAGAGCGUGGGACGGCGCGUCGGCGAGGGCGAUGUGUUUAUUCCGGUGCGUGAGUUCUGCCGCUACGUCUUUAUGCCCUCGGCUGCCAUGAACGAGUACCUCCCCCUCUGGACGAUCCUUGACUGCUACACAAAGAUCGAGAACGUUAUCCACACGAAGCUGAAAAGCAACGAAAUUGAUGCGGCGGCGUGGGGCUACGCCUUGAGGCGGCUGCCAGAGAAUGUCACCACGACGUUCUCCUUCAACCUCGUGGUGGGGCUGCCGCCGUUUGUCGCGACGCGGAUGCGUGAGGAGGCGAAAAAGGCGGACGUUCGUCACUACUUAAAGAAUGCAAAGAAUAAGGCUCCGGCAAACAGGACCGCCGUCACCUACAUCCGCACCAAGGAACGCCGCCGCUGCACGUGGCAGCUGGGCAUGGAGGGAAAGGCCCUAGUGCUGCUGCGUGACGGCUACACGGACCUGCUCGACUUUCUCUCUAUGCUCUGCGUGCACAUCAUUGAAAGCAACAAACUCCGGGGUCGUGUGCAGGGAAUGGUGCACCCGCCAGCCAUCGACGUCCUGGAUGAGUACCUGCAAAACCGUGAGGCCGAUGAAAGUGCAGGAAUCGUGCGUGAUAAAGCCGCCGAGUUGGAGCGCGUGCGGGAGGUGUUAAAACACUUGCCCUUGACACGAGAGGAACAGAAGGGGCUUCUGGAAGUCUGGCAAACGGACUGCCUUGUCAAAAUAUACGAGGUGAUGAUGCAUCGAGAGGAGUUCAACGUCCGCGUGGAUCCAAGCGUCUCCCGCAGGUUUCAGACAAACCCUUUUGUAGAGUGGGCACUUAAUCUACGUGCCUGCAUCAUGCAGCAGAUGGGGAUGGGCCGUAACUGGGCCCCACCGGAUGACCUUUGCAUUGACAUUGUCAGCAGCAACACACACUGCAUCAAGAACCUCCUGUCAAGCUUCCAUCGCAAGCAACACGAGGUUAUGGAAGAGUAUGCAAAACGUGAUAAACGACUCGGCUCACUGGAAAGCUGGCACACGCUAGAGGAUGCGUUGUAUGCCUCAACCACCGGCGUCCUCUCCACUGAGCGCACCGACCUCAUUGAUGAGUACGCCAAGGCCCUUGAGGAGAGUGGCAUCAUGGUUCUUGCGGACACUGCCAUGACGGGACUUCAGGUGGACAUCAUCCCCGUGCAUGCAAUAAACUUUGAGACCAUUGACUCUGUCAUUCGCGGCUCCCUGAAGAGGCACUUUAGUAACAGAAAACGCCCGAGCUCCACAAGCUGGUCCCAAGUUUGUAAGCCACGCGCCUCGUCGAUAAUACUUCCAGACGGUGCUUUUCCUUCCUUUCUGCAAGACCCCCAAACCGAUGAUAGCCGCUUGGAUCGGCACUUCAUAAUCAACAUGGACUUCGCCUUUGGGGCUCAGGCUGAGGGCAUCUGCAGGGCCAUAUUCAGCGUCUUUGGGCAGCGAAUUCGGAGCGUAAAUGUGAUUGGGAAGGCCGGUGGGUUUAUUGGGAAGCGUGGUGACAUUCAGCUUCCCAAGGAGGUACUUAUGUCCAAGUCUGGACUUCUCAUGGAGGAUCAGCAGGACGAGCUGCGCCGUUGUCGUAACCAAGGCCUCACGGCGGGACGUCUGCGAGAGCUGGCGGGUCCAAAGGUGUCGGUGCAUGAGGGGCGCCUUCUCACCAUAGCAGGCACGAUGCUACAAAAUGUGCGCAUGUUGGAGUUUUAUAAGCGGAUUUGGGGUUGUGUGGGGGCCGAAAUGGAGGCGUCGUACUUUGCCCGUGUGAUUGAGGAUUUCCACCGCCAAGGAAUCGCAAACCCGGCGCUGGCGACACGUUUUGCGUACUACACGAGUGAUUUGCCAUUGGAGGGCCACAACACAAGCGGGGCCGCGGGCGCCUCCCUCUCCGCCCCCAUGACGUUGGGCGAGGGCGUUCCACCACUCUACGCCAUUGCGCGGGGCAUCGUGGAAAACAUCCUCCUCCACGACUGA